CGUAGCUAGCCUUUUCAAAACGGCUAAUAGCUAACGAUAUUCCCAAACCGGAACUAAAUGUUGGUGGAGUAUAUAUACAAUUUUACCAUUCCCAACGCUAGAUUCGCGGGGGUUGUUGUUUUCUCUCCCAGUCCCCGCAGACGGACGGACGGAAGAAGCUGCUAAACUGAUGGGGCUGGCGGACACCGGAGACAAGGAAAUCGGAGGCCUCAGAUCAACGGCAUAAAUGGCUCAAAAACACUGCGAAUUCCCGCCCAAAACAAAAUUCAUCGCCGAUCUCAGGCCAAGCAAGUUAGUAUUUGACUGCAGCUAUGUUAGUAUAAAUUUGGAGGAGAUAUGGAUAACACAAAUAGCCUGCAAAGAAGUGUUUCUGGAGGGGUUCAAAAUGUGCUCGAGUAUCUUAAGCGGAUGCAAUCCAAUAGUCCAGCAUUCUUUUAUGCUACUCAAGGAGAUAUUGAACACUGUGAUGGAAAUUUAUUUUGGGCUGAUGGAAAUGCUCGGAUGUACUACGGCGACUUUGGUGAUACAGUGAAGUUGGAUACAUCUUAUAGGAAGAAUGGAUUUCGGAUUCCGUUUGCUACAUUUACUGGCUUAAAUCAUCAUGCUCAACCAGUUCUCUUUGGAUGUGCCUUGCUUUUUGACGAAUCGGAAACAUCGUUCAUCUGGCUUCUCCAGACUUGGCUUCAGGCAAUGUCGUCUCGUAUCCCGCUCUCCAUAACUACUGAGGCUGGUCGUCACAUACAGAUGGCUGUGUCUCAAGUUCUUCCUAAUACACGCCAUCGUCUCUGUAGAGAGAGCAUAAUUAGAGAGACGAAACAGAAAUUGUCUCAUGUAUACCAGAGGCAUCCCUCUUUUGAAAUUGAAUUUAACCGGUGCAUCCAUGAAGUGGACACGGCUGAUGAGUUUGAAUCACAGUGGAGAUCACUUGUGUCAAGAUAUUACCUCAUGGACAAUGAAUGGCUUCAUUCGAUGUACAAUGCUCGUCAUCGUUGGGUUCCUGUCUACUUGCGCAACACAUUUUUUGGGGAGUUCUUUGCUGGCGAGGAGGAUGAUGAUGACAAUGCUAUAAACUCUUUCGCUGAUGGAUUUUUGAAUGCUUCCACUACCAUUGAGAUGUUGACUAAAGUGUGUGAGAAAGGUAUUGCUAGCUGGCGUGAAAAGGAACUCAAGGCAGAUUUUGACACUAAGAAUAACACUCCAGUCCUAAAGACACCAUCUCCGAUGGAAAAACAGGCAGCUGAUCUUUAUACUAGGAGGGUUUUCUUGAAAUUCCAAGCAGAAUUGGUAGAGAGCCUUGCUAACCUUGCUACUAAGAUAGAUUGUUUUGGAGAUACUACGAUUUAUCGUGUUUCCAAAUUUGGUGAAGAGCGCAAAGCACACACCGUAAAGUUUAAUGGCUUAGAGAUGAGAGCGAAUUGUAGCUGUCUAUUGUUUGAAUUUUCAGGCAUUCUUUGUAGGCAUGCAUUAUCAGUUUUCAGAGCAAAAAAUGUUCUAUCACUUCCUUCCCAAUACAUUUCAAAACGUUGGACGCGGGAUGCAAGGAGUAGCGGUGAGGCCCUCCCAGACAAACAUUCCAUCGAAUUGCCAAACAGUUCUCAAGAUUCUUUCAAUGUGCGUUAUAGUAAUUUACGUCAAGAAGCAAUGAAAUUUGUAGAAGAAGGUGCAAAAUCUAUUCAUGUUUAUAAUGUUGCAAUAAAUGCUUUAAAAGAUGCUGCAAAAAGAGUUUCAACUUCAAAGAAGCAAUGGAUUGAGGAAGCUAGGUCGACCAAUUUAGCAAAUGGAAAUCCUGAUGAGCAAGCAAGAGAUGAAAAUCAAGCUGCUGAUUCACUGCUGAGUGAGAAGCAAAGGAAAAUCCAUGAGUUGACAACUGAGUUAGAGAGCAUAAAUGGGCGAUGUGAAGUAUACCGCUCAAAUCUGCUUGCUGUUCUGAAAGAUAUGGAGGAUCAGAAGUUAAAGCUGUCAGUUAAAGUCCAAAACGCUCGGCUUAACUUAAAAGAAUGACCUGGUAUUGUUAUCUGUAUGCAGUGUUCCCAGGACACAUCAUUCCUCUCUAGAACGAACAAAAUGUGGUAUAUUUUUCCUAUCUCUUUGCUAUGUGCAGUGGUGUUCUUAUUCAGAAGCACUAUUAUUUAUACUCUGAUUACUCUCCAAGUCUCCAACUGCCAAGGACAUUCAGGAUGAGGUCCUCAAACAUUUCUAAUGACAUUGGCUUUAGGGUGAGAAUGUGAUUGUGUUCAAUAUGCUGGAAUUCACUUCACAACUGAACUGGUUUAUUUUUAUUUCAACCUUACACCAGUCGAAGCAGUUAUGAGCGGUCACGUCUAAAUGUGUUGAAUGGUUUUGAUUUCCAACUUAUCCUCAAGCCAUUGGCAUUUUCACCUCUACUGAAUAUGAACAAGAGCGACAUCACUGAUCUUUGAUGGAUCUACAGCUUGGGGGUGGGGGGGGAUCAUUUGUUCUUGUGCCAUUUCCGACUCCUUGUCAAUUCAGCUGAGCUAUUGAACAGUUGCUGUGGGGGAAAUUAUAUUUUGGAUCUGCCAAUGCCGCUUGUAACUUCCAGGUAUAUCAUUUAAGAGUAGGGUUAUUUUGAUACCACUCAUGGGUGUCAUGAUAUGACACCCAUGAAUUGCUCUUUGCCGGGCAGUCACUGUUUCAGCACUUUUCACUGGAUUUAACUUCAGAUGCCAGCGUGGAAUUGUUCGAUGCAUUACAAUUUGUACUACAUUGCCAUUCCCGAGCUCUCAACAACAAACAAGGCAGAGGUCAUAUUAACAGUCGUCAGAUGCCAGACUCUAUGAAAAUCGUAAGUACUCAUGUGUUGCUGAGAGCUCGGGGAUGGAUGGAUACUCGUGGAUAGAGAGUAUAAAGUUGGAGAUAGAGGGAGGAUGACAUUCAUCAUAUAGUGCCAGAGUUUAACCAAAAAAAUCAAAGUGUAACAAUUUUUUUCGGACGGAGCAAAUUUUGGAGUGAUAUACUCCCUCCGUCCCAGAAAGAAUGUCACGUUUACUAUUCUGGCCUCUCGAUAACUUUUGUUUGUUUACUCGUUUUGGUUGACCAUUUGAUAAAAUAAAAUAUUCUUGUCGCA